UACGGUCCACUCCGCCGCGAGCCACUCUUUGAUCCGCCGCCGCUCUCUCAGUUCUGGAGCAGAUGAACGGAUUCGGUCCGGAUUUUCAUGUUUUACGAGUCACGGAAGAGCCAUGCGCUCGCGGCAGCGGCUGUGCGGAGACUGACGCGCGUUUUCCGUCUAAACCAGCGCUCGGUGUGUGUUUGAGAGGCUCGCGCGGAUUCCAGGGCUCGAUCCGCGGACCGGAGUAACGGAGCGCCGGUCCCAUGUUGCAACCGAACCAACACGACCAUGACCGCUCCAAAGAUCCGGUGAAAUACGGAGAACUGGUGAUUCUCGGGUAUAAUGGCUCUCUUCCCGGAGGAGACCGCGGUCGAAAGAGGAGCCGCUUUGCUCUUUACAGGAGGGCCAAAGCUAACGGCGUCAAGCCCAGCGCCGUGCACAUCCUCAGCAACCCACACGACAGCAAGGUGCAUGCUUCCUUCACACUUUAGUGCAUUGCACGCGGUGCAUUGUGGGAUAGUGACGCUGCAUCUGACCUCUC